GCAUAUUUAAUGCGAUGAGAGUGUAAUGGGGGUUACUUUCAUCUUUUCAUCAAAUCAAAAACUUUGUAAGUGAAUUACAUCCAUAAUCACACAGCUAUGAUUGUUUUCUCAAUGAUAUGAUUGCCAGUGUGCACUUUGGAGUAAAAAGCAUUUGAAAAUAGCCCCCUGUGUUCCCUUGUGGUUUUCUGUGUAUUCUGAAAGGUAGACCCUCUGGGACAUCAUUCCCCCACAGCACAAAUACUCCCAGACAAAUCAUUAGCACCACAACAUCCUUAAAUGAAAAUAUAAGUAAAAUUACUGUAAGAUCCUAAAUUUUCAUCAGGAAAAAAUGGAAAGGAAAACAAUACAACAAAAAAAUCAAUAAAUCAAUCAAUCAAUCAAUCAAUCAAUCUGUUCAGGCAAUUUGCAAACAAUUAACUCAUUUAAAGGGUUAGUUCACUCCAAAAUAAAAAUUCUGUCAUUGUUUACUCAUCCUCAUGCCAUCCCAGAUGUGAAUUACUUUUCUUCUGCUGUACAUACAUGAAGAUUUUUAGAUUUUUAGAUCUCAGCUCUGUAAUCCAUACAAUGCAACUGAAUGGUGGCCAGAAUGCCAAAAGUUCCAAAAGUAGAUAAAGUUAGCAUAGAAGUAAUCCAUAAGACUCCAGUGAUUUCAUCAAUGUCUUCUGUAGUGAUCCAGUUGGUUCUGGGUGAGAACAGACCAGAAUGUAACUAAUUUGUUUGUGUUUAGCAGAGGAAAGAGAGUCAUACAUAUCUGGGAUGGCAUGCGGUAAAUAAUGAGAGAAUUGUAAUUUUUGUGUGAACUAUCCCUUUAAUUAGGCAUAUGGUUUAUUUUUAAAUAAAUACAUUAGAUUGAAAUGAUUGGCAUAUUGAAGGGCUGAACACCUUUUUUAAAUACAGCCUUUGGUUUACCUCUUUACCUAUUGCUAACGACAGGUAGGUGAUAUUAGGUGAUGGGCAUUCUCAUUCUAGACAGCAAAUUAUUGGACAACAUUUUUUUACACGAACCUAAGUGUAAGAUGAGUCAUCAGUAUUUUUGGGUUGUUUUUCUGGAAGACAAAGACUGUUUAUAUGAAUUGAAUGCAUCUGAUAAAGGUCAAUUUUGUCAACUUCUAGGAGUACAUUAGCACAAAACUGGCCUUGAAGCUAACAGACAGUGACACAAAACUCCAAAUUUGAUACAUGUGGUCUUUAAAUGCUAAAAUACUGUAUCUAAGGAUUACGGGUAAUUACAACCAACCUUUGUUUAAUUUCACUGCUUUGAAAUUGUGAUGUUUUUCUCUUUUUUCUUUCUAUUUUAACUAUAACUGUAGCGCAGACGAACGUUAUGAUAAUGGAUGUCUACCUUUCAGUGCUGCCAUGGAUGAUGUCAGUGCGUUGAUCUCCUGUAGUUGUGAUUGUGGAGUGUUUGUCUUGUGUUGUCUGCAGAACCAAUUCACUUUAGAACCCCACUGAUGCGGUGUUGUGGAGUUAACACAAUGGUAUGAAUCCAGCAACAUACAGUCCUUAACUGGAGCUUUCUUUUGCCAUUUAUACUGAAAGGUUUCUGUGAGACUGUAAAUAUAUUUUAUAUUAGAAACUAACUUUCAGUAUUUUAUCAGAUCCUUGCCCUCUCACUGUUAACAGAAACUCUGAAAUGAAGAUUUGACGCCCCCUACUGAGCAUAAUAAAAUAUUGUGCCGUUUAACAGUGGAAGGACUUCAGAAAUCAUCAUUUUCUCACCCUGAUGUUGUUCCAAACCCUUAUGACUUUCUUCUGGAGAGCACAAAAAGAGCCUCAGUCACCAUACACUUUUAUUGUAUCUAUUUUCUAUACAAUAGCUAUGUUUCAUUCCAAGCUGCAAAUGUAAUUUAUGCAAAAAACAUAAUAUCGCAAAAACAAUGUGCAAAUAAAGCCGCGUUUCCAUCCCUUGUGUUCAAAAUAACUUGUAGAGAAUUUUUAGCCAGUGUGACUCUUUUAUGAAUAAAAUACUAGUGGUUUAGAGCACACAGACAAAAAAAACAUGUUUCAUGUCUGGGAGCAACAAUAAACCUGCUCUUCGGCACAGUUCACACUUUUUUCGACUUAUUUGCUCUUCAAACUCGUUGCUGGCUUUUAAUUUUCUAAACACCUUUAUUUAAGGAUGAGCAGAGCAACAUUUCAGAUGCGAUGAUUGAUCCGCUGGUUAGUCCAGUUAUGAACGAGUCAUUCAGUCACAUCACUUUUUUGAUGCACAAUCUUGUAUUCCUGAUAAAUUCAAUAGGAGUUUAUUUGGUUAAUAUUUUUCCAUCAUAGUUGAUGCACAUUUCUUCUUAUUGAAUAAAAAUGCAUUCACCUCAAGGCGAGCGUAUAUGUUUUUAUGCACAUUUUGGAGAUUUUAUACACAUCGUGGUGUUGCCAUUCAGCAGUUUUUUGAUAUCCAGAAAAUGAGCAUAAAAAUACAUGGAUGGAAACACAACUAAUGAAAUUGAAUAGUGACUGAGGCUGAACAUUUAACUCAACAUCUCCUUUUGUUUUCUGCGGAAGAAAGAAAGUCAUACUGGUUUGGAAUAACAUGCGGAUGAGUGAAUUAUGUCAGAAUUUUCAUUUUUGGGAAAACUAUCCUUUCAUUGUCCAUUACCAUUUUGUCACCAGAGAGAAAAUGCAAGAUGGAAUUGACAAUGGCGAGUUCAUUGAGAAUGCUGAGUUUUCUGGGAACAUGUAUGGAACCAGCAAAUCAUCUAUAGAGGACGUUCAGGCACAAAAUCUUAUCUGCAUCUUGGAUGUUGACAUGCAAGGUGUGAAAAACAUCAAGAAGACUGACCUGAACCCGAUAUAUAUCUCCAUCCAGCCACCCUCCAUGGAGAUCCUGGAAAAGCGUCUGAGAGACAGGCAAACAGAAACCGAGGAAAGUCUACAGAAGCGUCUUGAGGCAGCAAGAAUUGACAUGGAGCUCAGUAAGGAACCUGGAGUUUUUGACCUGGUAAUUAUUAAUGAUGACCUUGAAGAGGCCUAUGAGAAACUCAAAAGUGUUCUUACUGAGGAAAUUCAGAAGGUACAAGAUUCCAAGGAGUAGAAAAGGAGAAACUACACCUUUUCUGCCCAACAAAACAGGACAUGACGCCUUUCUUUGCAGCCUUGUAUGGUGCAAUCAGAGAGGUGGUUCUCAUGUCAGACACUAUCAACUUUAUUCAUUUAAACUUUUGAGUCAAAUUCUCCUGGGAGUUUGUUAUAGCAAAUCUAUGCUUAGCCAUAUAUGCUGAAAACAUCUCACUCACAGCUGAGAACCCCCUUUAAACUCAUUUAAAAGAGCAUGUUUGCACCUUGAAUAAUGAAGGGAGGAAAUUGUAAUCAUGAGUAAACUAUUGUUGAUGACAAUAUUAAUUACAAGGCUGUUAGUUGUACAACAGGCCUAUAGUGACAUGAUUGUUUUUAAUAUAUGUGUUAUUUCUAGAGAGAGAAUUAUAGAGUGUGAUUGUUCAAAAUCUCACACAGCCUUCCAGAGGUUUAAAUCUUUUCAGCUGAACAGUUAGAUGUUUGUGUUUUAUCUUCUUCUUUGUGAAUGAAUUUAUUUAAAAAUGGUAUUUGUUUUUGGUUUAGCAAA